AUGGAGGAAGAGGCACGAAGGCUUCUCGAAGAAGGGAUCAGGAAAAAAUUGAUUAGUCCGGGUAAAGGACAGGUUUCGACCUUCACCGAUGGAACAAAGGUGGUCUUCCACUACCGGACUAGCCUGUGUGAUGGCACUGUGCUGGAUGACUCCAGGAACAUGGGGGGUUGCAGCAAACCAAUGGAGCUCAUCUUGGGGAAAAAGUUUAAACUGGCUGUGUGGGAACAAAUAGUCAUCUCUAUGAGAGAGGGAGAAAUUGCAGAAUUUACAUGUGACACCAAACACACCGCACUCUACCCUCUGGUGUCCCAGUCACUUAGGAACAUCAGCAUCGGUAAAGACCCUCUGGAAGGCCAGAGGCAUUGCUGUGGCAUUGCUCAGAUUCACUCCCACCACUCGCUAGGCCACAAGGACCUGGAUGACCUUCAGGCUAAUCCACAGCCUCUUGUUUUCACCAUUGAGCUCAUGAAGGUUCUUCCUCCGGGGUCGUUCCAGCUUGAUGCCUGGGCCAUGACGGACGAGGAGAAGCUGGCUUCUGUCCCUCACGUCCAUGAGGAGGGCAACCUGCUGUACAAGCAAGGCCGAAUACAGGAGGCCACCGACAAAUAUUACAAUGGCAUCGCUUGCCUGAAAAAUCUACAGAUGAAGGAGCAUCCAGGAGAUGAAGCGUGGCUCAAGUUGGACCACAUGAUCACACCUCUCCUCCUCAACUACUGCCAAUGCAAGUUGCUCCAAGGCCACUACUACGAAGUCAUCGAACACUGCUCAUCACUCACAUUCAAAUAUGAGAACAACGUAAAGGCCUUCUACAAGCGAGCGAAGGCCCAUGCUGCAGUGUGGAACGAGACCGAGGCCAGAGCGGACUUCGCAAAGGUACUGGAGUUGGACCCAUCUCUCGGACCAUCUGUGGCCAAGGAGCUGCGAGCCAUGGAGGAACGAAUACGCUCCAAGGAGAAAGAGGAAAAGGGGCGCUACAAAGGCCUGUUCACUUAUAAUUCACCGCCACCAACUGCCACCACGGGUUGA